GGGGCUCUUGCAUUCCUAGAGAGGCCACAGGGUGUCAGCUGGUGUGGGGUGGGUGUCCUUUCUUUCCAUCCUUUCUCUACUCUGCUGCCCCCCACCACCAUUUUUUGGGGGGAGCUGGAAAGGUUCCACCAUCCUCUGAGGAGAUGGAUGCGUGCGAGGAAGUCACCCUGGAGAACUGUGGGAAUGAGACCUCUCUGGCAGGUGAUGGACAGGAGAAUUGUGGUUGUAGAGAACCACAUCGGGUGCCACCGGAAGCAGCCGUGCAUGAAUUGGGGGGUGAGACCUUCAGUGCUCAAGAUGAAUCAAGGAGGCAGGAAGAAAACCAGACAGAGAACUGGAGAGAUAAAUCCAUUGUGUCUCUUGCUGAUGACCUUCAUGAAACCCCAGUACAAUAUAAACACCACAAGGGGAAAAAGAGGUACGAGUGCCCUUUUUGUGGGAAAGCUUUCAGUUCUAAGUCUCUCCUUGCUGUCCAUUGCAGAACGCACACUGGAGAGAAACCAUAUAAAUGUUCAGAGUGUGGAAAGAGCUUCCGCCAGAGCAGAAACCUGACUUCCCAUCAACGGAUCCACACAGGGGAGAAGCCGUACAAGUGCUUGGAAUGUGGAAAGAGCUUCAGUUGGAAUUCAAAUCUGACUUCACACCAGCGGAUCCACACAGGGGAGAAGCCGUACAAGUGCUUGGAAUGUGGAAAGAACUUCUGUGAUAGCACACUCCUUACUAGACAUCAGAUAAUCCACACAGGGGAGAAGCCAUUUACGUGCUUGGAAUGUGGGAAGAGCUUCCAUCAGAGCAGAAACCUUGCUUUGCACCAGAGAAUACACACAGGGGAGAGGCCCUACAAGUGCUUGGAUUGUGGGAAGAACUUCCACCGGAGAACACACCUUACUUCCCAUCAACGAAUCCAUACAGGGGAGAAGCCAUUUAAAUGCUUGGAAUGUGGAAUGAGCUUCAGCUGGAAUUCAAAUUUUACUUCACAUUACAGGAUUCACACAGGAGAGAAACCACAUAAGUGUGUGGAGUGUGGGAAGAGCUUCUGUACUACCACACAACUUGCCUCACAUCAUAAGACUCACACAGGAGAGAAACCUUUUAAGUGUUCAGAGUGUGGAAAGAGCUUCUCAGAGAGCACUCUCCUUACUAGACAUCAGAUAAUCCACACAGGGGAGAAACCAUUUAAAUGCUUGGAAUGUGGAAAGUGCUACAGUCAGAGGUCAAGUCUUACUUCACAUCAGAGAAUACACAGAGGUGCCACAAGACAGAAGCCAUACACAUGUCUGGAGUGUGGGAAGUGCUUCAGUAACAGCACACAGCUUAUUUUACAUCAGAGAAGCCACACAGGAGAGAAACCUUACAAAUGCUUGGAGUGUGGAAAGAGCUUCAGUGAUGGCACACUUCUUAACAGGCAUCAAAUAAUUCACAAAGAGGAGAAACCAUUUAAAUGCUUGCACUGUGGAAAGAGCUUCCGUCAGAGCCGAAACCUCACUUUACAUCAGAGAAUCCACACAGGGGAGAAACCGUAUAAGUGCUUGGAUUGUGGGAAGAGCUUCCAUCAGAGAACACACCUUACUUCCCAUCAGCGAAUCCACACAGGAGCAAAACCAUUUAAAUGUCUGGAAUGUGGAAAGACCUUCAGUUGGAAUUCAAGUCUUACCUCUCAUCACAGAAUCCAUACGGGAGAGAAACCGUACGAGUGCUCCGAGUGCGAGAAAAGCUUCUGUACGACCUCACAACUUGCAUCGCACCGGAAAACCCACACGGGAGAAAAACAUUACAAGUGUUUGGAGUGUGGAAAGAGCUUUUGUGACAGCACACUCCUUACGAGGCAUCAGAUCACCCACACAGGGGAGAAGCCAUUUAAAUGCUCAGAAUGUGGAAAGAGUUACAGCCAAGUUUCAAGCCUCUCUUCUCACCGGAAAGUCCACAGAGAUGCUACAGUGCAGAAACCAUACAGAUGCUUGGAGUGUGGAAAGAGAUUCAGCAAUAGCACGCAACUUAUUUUACACCAGAGAAUCCACAUGGAAGAGAAACCUUAGGAAUGGUUUGUAGUAACACACCAGAGGAUUUGCAUGCGAGAGAAAUUGCCAGGAGCGUGGAAAUUGCUCCAGAAGUAGUUGUGAGCUUAAAACCACAUCAAAAGAUUCACACUGCCUAGAAACAAAAAGCAUGUUUGGAAUAGCGAGUUCCUAGUGGAAUAACUCAGAUACAGUUGUACCUUGGUUUUUGAACAGCUUAGUUCUCGAACUUUUUGGCUCCCAGUCGCCGCAAACCCGGAAGUGACUGUUCCAGUUUGUGAACUAUUUUUGAAAACCGAACAAUCCGAUGGGGCUUCCGGUGCUUCCGAUUGGCUGCAGGUGCUUCCAGCAGCCAAUCAGAAGCUGCACUUUGGUUUCUGAACGUUUUGGAAGUUGAAGGGACUUCUGGAACGGAUUCUGUUCGACUUCCAAGGUACGACUUCAAAGAAUUCAGACAGGUGCUAGGUAAUAAUUUAUGGAAGUGCAAGGUUUUUGUAACUACCAUCUGGAAGGGGGGGAAAUUGGAGAGGAAGCGAACAUGGCUUGUCUUUUGGCAAAGUUGAUGGAGAGGUCCCCUCUCCUAAAUCCUGAUGGAAUGGCUGCGGACGUUGAGGAAGUGGUCCGUUGCAGUUGGUGUUUCAGCAGAGGCAAUAGAGAAGACUUGCAGUACCACCUCCCCCCCUUUCCUGUAGCCUGAUGGUGCUUUUUUCUGUCUAGCGAAAGACAGAAGGUGUGAAUACCGUGUUUCUCCAAAAAUAAGACACCGUCUUAUAUUCAUUUUUCCUAUAAAAAAACCACACGGUGGCUUAUUUUCAGGGGAUGUCUUUUUUAUUAUUAUUAAGUAUCUAUCUUUAAGUAUUUUUCUAUUUAUUAAGCCUAUCACUAUGGCUUAUUUUUGGGGUAUGGCUUAUUUUCGGAGAAACAUGGUAGGACCCCUCCCCUUAGAUUUUCAUUUUCUUUUGCUGAGUAACAGUGUGCUUCCAUGUUUCUUUUGUAGAUCCCUUUUAUCCCCUCGGAAGGUGCCAUUCUCGCUGACCCUACUGUUGACAGGCAGGCCAUGGUUUAUUUUUGGGUCGACAGCAAACAGUCAGCUAUUUUUGGUUGGGGGUGGGCAACCCAUUUCUUCCUGAAGGUUGCCCUCCUUGUGAGGGCCACAUGCCAGUUGGAGGUGGAGUCAGAAGCAAAUGUGGGCAGAACAAUUAAUAUAGAUGUAAGCUUCUGGAUGACCCCCUAGGGCUGGGUGAUAUCUGGUUUUCAAAACUGUGAUAUAUCACUACCUAAACAUCGCAAUACAGUGGUACCUCUACUUACGAAUUUAAUGCGUUCCGAACGCACAUUCGUAAGUUGAAAAAAAAUUGUAAGUCGAAUCCCAUAGGAAUGCAUUGGGAGAAAAAAUUCGUAAGUAGAAGCAACCCUAUCUAAAAAUUCGUAAGUAGAAAAAAUCUUAUCUAAACCGCAUCCAAGAUGGCGGACGGAGCUCCGUUCGUAAGUAGAAACAUUUGUUAUUCGUAAGUAGAGGUACCACUGUAUACUGAUACUGAUAUAUCACGAUGUCUGAAAUAAGGAUGGAGAUAUGUAGAGGCAUUGGCUGACUUCCUGGUUUUAUCCACAUUGUGAUUUUUGCAUAGCACACACACACACACCUUCUCAGUAGUGGCACCCGCCCUGUUUAUGUCAAGGAAAUAAACAACUAUCUGACUUUUAGAAGACAUCUGAAGGCAGCCCUGUUUCGGGAAGUUUUUAAUGUUUUAUCUCUUUAUGAUUAUGAUUAUUAUUAAUAUUCUGUUGGGAGCUGCCCAAAGUGGCUGGGGAAACCCAGCCAAAUGGGUGGGGUAUAAAUAAGUCAUCAUCAUCAUCAUCACCACACACACAUCAUGAUUCGCAAUAUAUUGCCAGAUCAAAAAUCAUGAAACUGAUAUCAUAAUAUGGACAACCAGUUUUGGACGAUAUAUCACCCAGCCCUAAUACACAUAAUGAUUCACAUUAUAUUGCCAGAUCAAAAAUCAUGAAACCGGACAUCAAUCCGGUUAUAUGGUUAUAUGGACAUCAAUCCGGUUUUGGACGAUAUAUAGCCCAGCCCUAGUGACCUCUGAUCCAUGCUUUUCUGAAGGCUGCAUUACUGCCGGUCGAGAAGCAGGAGGUGCAAAUAAAGAGGGAUGCUCAGUAGUGUGAAAUGGGAUAUUAUUAUUUAUUAUUUAUUAAUUAUUAUUAUUAUUAUUAAUUUAUUUAUUUAUAGCCCGCCCAUCUGGCUGGGUUUUCCCCGCCACUCUGGGCGGCUUCAAACAAAUACAAAAAUACAUUAAAAUAUCAUAGAUUAAAAAACUUCCCUAAACAGGGCUGCCUGUAGGUGUUUUCUAAAUGUUAGGUAGUUGUUCAUCUCCUUGACCUCCGAUGGCAGGGCGUUCCACAGGGCAGGCGCCACUACCAAGAAGGCCCUCUGCCUGGUUCCCUGCAGCUUUGUUUCUCGCAGUGAGGGAACCGCCAGAAGGCCCAUGGAGUGACUGCCAUGGAGUACCGGUUUACAUGGUUGCCACAAUGGACUAAAUCAUGCUUAAAUGGCCAAUCGUAGACAUGCUUGACUUGGUACUAAGCAGUGGCGUACUCGGGCUCUCCAAUUUAAGUGGCGCCAUGGCCAACGCUAAAAUUCAGUGUCUCCCCCACCUCUUGUGUUGCAUUGUACAUCACUGUCAGGGUGCCGGCGCCCAGUGUGGCUGAACAAGUCGCACUUCCAUAAAACCACCUCUGCACUAAGCCACACUGGGGCAUUUACUUACAGGAAAGUGAGUAUGCAAUUGCAGCCAAGCUAGGUGCGUGAUUGUGACCCAUAGAGGUAUUAAAGAGGAUUUCUAGAUUUAUGAUGUAAUUGUCUUCGUGUUUGCAUUGUAGUCUGUGCUGACCAGUGUUUGCUUAAAUAAAACUGAAUUCAUUGCCUCCGAG